AUGACUCUUUCUGGAAGUUGCAUGUGCGGAGAGAUCGCAUACUCCAGCAGCAGCGAACCCAAGGUGACGGCUCUUUGCCACUGCGUGGAUUGUCAAAAGUGGACCGGCUCGGCAUACACCUCAAACGCUGUGGUUCCCGAAGAUAGCUUUCAAGUCAAGAAAGGUGAGCCCAAGUGGUACGACACCAUUGGAGAGUCUGGGGGCAAGAAUAGACACUUUUUUUGCUCCAACUGCGGUUCUAGCCUGUACGGAAAGCUCGAUAUCAUGCCUGGCGACAUCGUCAUCAAGGCAGGUUCAUUGGAUAACGGAGCUACAAACCUGAACAACAACGUUGACGUUGAGUUCUACUGUAAGGACAGGGUAGGAUUUGUCGCUCAACAGGAGGAAGCUAAGCAAUUGCCUCGAUUUAUUGGGUCGUCAUAACGCACAGCUGGCUUCACAUUAUGAAUUGAUUUACUACGAGUCUAUUUAGCCUGUUAUUGUUAUUCUCAUAGGG